AUGGUCCUUCUGGCUCAUCCAUUUCUCAUUCCGACAUACAACUCAUCUUCCACACCUACAAAUUUGAUUAUGUAUUCCUGGGGCAUCGAGACUAUCCGUCUGCUCUCAAUCAUCACUGUGAUCAAACAAACGGAUCGAUUGAAUAAUACAAUGACUCACCCAACAAUUGCACGGCCUAUACCUUUAGAUCCCCGUUCAAUUCCUGCGGUUAAAACAGAAAAACAAAUACCACUUCCUUUGCCAUCUUCCUGGUCAACUUUGGAUCGUUUACAUACAGAAGCUAUUAUUCGCCACAAAGCAUUACAAUUAUUACAAACACGGUUUCCUUUGAGUAAUAUGGAUUUUCUAUCAGCAUUUCCACCAUUAUCAUUACCACCUCCUCCUGCAACAUCCAUUCACCCUCACUCCCUCGCUGCAAUACUGUCAACAUCGAAUUCUCCAACUAAUUCGUCAUCAACUUCUUUGAAUUCAAGUUCCUCAAGUUCGAAUUCUCCUCCACCACCCUCCUCCUCUUCAUCGUCGUCAUUUCGAGCACCUUCAUUGAUCUCGUCGUCUUCAACACCAUCACGUAAAGAUAUAGCAAAAUCGUCAUCUGAUAAAUGGUGGAGCGUCAAUGAGCACUCAUCAAGUUUAUUCGGUUCCAUCACACGACGAUGUAAACGUUGUCGUUGCCCCAACUGUGUAAAUCAACCUUCGUCCACGUUAAAUGAUUCUUCAACAUCCAAACGUCAACAUAUAUGUCAUAUAUGUAAAAAAAUCUAUGGUAAAACCUCACAUUUAAAAGCACAUUUACGUUGGCAUGCUGGCGAACGUCCAUUUCGAUGUCAUUGGCUAUUCUGUGGCAAAGCAUUUACUCGUUCAGAUGAGUUACAACGACAUUUACGUACACAUACUGGUGAGAAACGUUUUGCAUGUCCGAAAUGUGGCAAACGCUUCAUGCGUUCCGAUCAUUUAUCGAAACAUUCAAAAACGCAUGAUGUUUCACCUUCAACACCAUCCCUGUCAUCAUCAUCAUCAUCACUCUCGACUACAAUGAUCAAUGACAAUCGUUCGAUUGAACUUUUGGAAACAACUAUAAGAAGUAAUUGCAGUAGUACAACUAGUGAAGAAAUCAUCGAAGAAAUGUCCUCGCAUGAUGAUGAUGAUGAUGAUCAUGAAGAAAUUAUCGAUGUGCAAUACUAA